CCGCCCCGUCCGCGGCGCUGCUGGAAGUGACUGAGGAUGUGACUGGGGCGGCGGCGGCGGCGGCUGGCGGACGAUGCUCGCCCUCCUGGGCGCGACGACCCUGGUGCUGGCCGCCGGGGCCUGGUGGGUGUUACCCGCAGCCGCUGAUGAAAACAACCUAGAAUCUCCUCAAAAUGUGGAAGUCUCUAUCAUGGAUGACAACUUUACCCUGAAGUGGAACAGGAGCAAUGAGUCUGUGCCAAAUGUGACUUUUUCAGCAGAUUAUCAGAUGUCUGAGACGAAUAGCUGGAUACAGUUACCUGGGUGUCAGUAUGUUGCUGGUACCGAAUGCACCUUUUCUUUUCUUAAGUUAAAUGUUCUUGAUGAAAUUACAUUGCGGAUAAGAGCAGAAAGAGGAAACAGCACUUCUUCGUGGUAUAUUGUUGACUCAUUUAUACCAUUUCUGAAAGCUCAGAUUGGUCCUCCAGAAGUGCACUUGGAAGCUGAAGAUAAAGCAAUCAAAAUAAACAUUUCCCCUCCUGGAAAACAAAUGUGGUCCAUGGAUAGGUCAAGGUUUAUAUACAGCGUAGUUAUCUGGGAAAACGCUCCAAGAACAGAAGAAAGGACAGUAACAGUUUAUCCCAGGGAUACGAUUUAUAAGCUCUCGCCGGAAACUACUUAUUGUCUGAAAGUCAGAGCGGAACUCCCUCUGCAGAAGAAAGUCGGCGUCUACAGUGCCGUGAACUGUGUGAACACCACAGCUGAAAAUAAACUGCCCCCACCGGAAAAUAUAGAAGUUGAUGCUGCACAUCAGAACUAUGUUCUUAAAUGGGAUUACGCGUAUGCAAACAUGACCUUUCAAGCUCAGUGGCUCUAUGGCUAUCUAAAACAGUUUCCUGAGGACCAUUCCGAUAAAUGGAAGCAAAUACCCGGCUGUGUCAACGUCAGAACGACGCAGUGUGUCUUUCCUCAGAGAGUCUUCCCAGACAGAGUGUACUUUCUCCGUGUUCAAGCGUCUGACGGCAAUAACACAUCCCUUUGGUCUGAAGAGAAAGAAUUCAGGAGUGAACAACAAACUGUCAUCCUCCCUCCGGUCCUUAACGUGAAGACCACGAGCCACGCGCUGCACGCCUACGUGGGAGCCUCCUGGGAGCCUGCAGACCUGCACCGGCUGCCCAUAUAUGAAAUCAGUGUUUGGGAAAACACUUCGAGCGCUGAGAGCAGAAUUCUACAGGAACAAACUGAAUUUACUUUUCCCAACUUGAAGCCACUGACUGUGUAUUGUUUCAAGGCCAGAGCGCACCUUUUGGGUGGAAAGUGGAAUCAAAGCAGUGAUUUCAGUGACGUUGUCUGUGAGAAAACAAAACCAGGAGCUAAUUCCAGAACCUGGCUGGCCGCUGGGAUUUGCAUCGUCAUAUUUUCUAUCUUCAUUGCUGUCUGCAUCGGGAAAGGCCUCUUCAGAUGUCUCAACUACGUGUUCUUUCCAUCCCUGAAACCGCCUUCCAGUAUUGAUGAGUAUUUCUCAGAACAGCCAUUAAAGAAUCUUCUCCUUUCGCCUUCCGAGGAACAAACUGAAAGGUGUUUCGUAAUUGAAGACGUGAAUAGCAUUACUAUACUGGAAGAAGCUAAGGAAACCAACGGAGAUCUCAAGGCCUUCCACUCCCAAACUAGUCGCGAUUCGGGACACUAUUCCAACGAAGACGAGAGUAGUGGAGGUAAAACGAGCGAGGGCUCUGUGCAGGAGGAGAGUGGCUGAGUGGGGAUGCGGCCUGGAACCAGGGCCGUCGUGUGAGCGCACCCGGGAAGCCCCGCUCCGCACGCCUCUCAGGAACCGCGAAGGAGGCUGCUCGCUUCCGGGGAAGAAAACAGAACAUCUCCAAUCACAAGUGCAGGCAGGCACCUCCAGAUCGCAGGGAUCUGAGCCGCCUUCUACAUUCCUCUGCACGUGUGAACACUUGAAGGACUUGGCUGCACCUGCCUCUGAGGAUUUCGGUGAGAAGAUGGUGCCCAGCUCUCCAGGGAGCCCUCACGCCCGCCUUGCUCGCUGCGGGCCGUGGCUAAGGGGCGCCUUCAUGUUCCCGGCAGGCUGCUGCUCACCUACUCCUCAUUCCUCCCCAACCCCAGCAGUUCAGGUCAGUCUUGUUUUUGUUCUUGUGUUUUGAGACAGAACAUUUGGUCUUUUAACAUUGAGGUGUGUGUGCCCACAGAAAAUUUAUGUUGAAGUUUUAAUACCAUCAAUACCAUCAUCACCCUGUGUUCCACAAUGUCACUCACCCUAAAACACAGCAAUGGUCGCCAGAAAGAUGAUCCUUAACGUGGGGAACUCAGGCCCUGUAUCCUGAUAACGUCGAUUUCCAUCCCACCACACUCUUCCUUACGUGGCUUAGGAUUAAAACCAGGUCAUCUUCAGCUAUGCAUUUAAACCUCCUGAUUCGGAACUUUCUGGAACAGCAGCUUCUGAUUAGAAUCUGUAGCCCCUGAAGUCCUAGAGAAAUGACUGUCGAAUUAGAGAAGCGGUUGUCACAGUGUAAGAUCUGGAGGUGGAUUCAGGUUAGUUCCAGGGUGCACAAGUAGCCUUGGACCAAAGCACCAGUAAGCGGGAAGAGAGUGAGACAGAAUGAUUGCAGAGGAGAGAAGCCCCAGGGGGUGUGCAGGGCGUGUGGGAGCGGCUGCUGUGCCCGUGGCCCCCGUGUGGAUGCGCAGGCCCGGCCAGCUCCUCUCUGCUGUCUGGCAGCACUCGGGAUCCCUUCCACUCCGUCUGCUCUCAAGGAGAUGCGGAGCUCUCAGUGUCAGGGUGAGGAGGGGACAGUGUAUCCAGGAAGAAAAACCUCAUUUCAAACAGCAUGUGUUGCUUUCCAAAGACACCUGUGGCUGCUUUUAAUGGGGUCAUCCAUGGACAUGUCCCUGGCACUGCAGCCCCGACUUCCCGCGUUCUCCCGGCACAGCAGGCCACGGAGGGGGCCUGGGCCCCCCACGGACCCACAGCUCACUGCGGGAGAGUCGCUCUGAUGGCCGCCAACACGCACGUCCUCGCCUUCCUUGCCAGCGGCAUACGUUCCAAAGCGCGUCCUCUGGGCCGCCCGUGGCGUCCUGAGUGCUGUAUGGGAGAGGACACUGGCCCACGUCCUGGCCCCUCCACCCGGUCAGUGACCCCAUCCAGCACGUCCUGCCCUGCGUUUCCACCGGGGAAAGCCACCUCCGACCCACGGUCCCAGAAAGCAGCACUUUUGUCGGAUGUGGAGAAGGGGAGACGCGGACUCUUAGGAAACUUCUGGGCGCCUGAGAUGUAGAAACGCGGGCCUGCACGUUUUGAGACCGUCUAGGGAGCACCUGCUGGGGUGCAGAACGGGGGCUUGUUCUGGCCUCGUCUCCUAGACGUGGGAAGGCGGCUUUACCUGCUCCGCCGUGGUGCUCCUCCUGUGGCCCACAGGGCAUGGGCUCGGCUGAGAGGUGGCUGAGUGGUUUUCGUGGACAGUAGUUUUUACUUAGAAACACUGUGCACUUGGAGCACCAGUACACGGCCUCAGAAUCACAGUACUGAGAGUUCUUGGAGAUGCCGGAUGUGGUCCAAGAAUGUAUGUGAAGGACUUGUGUCAUCGGAUACAUUGUAUCAGUAGAUGUCAGAAAUGUUACGUUCAUGUGUAAUACAUGUUAGCAUUACAUGUGUGUGUGUGCGCGUGUGUAUAAACCCAUGCAUAGGUGCCCCCCCUACCUGGGCCUCAGUCCAUGAGUAUGACCAUAAAGAGCUUAGUAGUGUAGAGUCUGAUUAAAACCUACCAGUGCUGCUCAGGACCAAAAGAGUCUGACCAGAACUUCGCAACCUAUUAAAAUGUUUCUAGAGCGUUUGUUUCUUUCCCCAAAAAAGAAGUUGUGGCAUUUAAGACAACCUCAGAUUCCUCUUUUUAAAAAGUUAGUGGUGUGCAAAAGCCCCACUUCCAGUCCCCCUGGUAACCCUAUGGUUCCUGACUGCUGAGGGUAGGGGCGUGUGUGAGUGUGUGAGCGUGUGUGAGUGUGUGUGAGUGUGAAGUCUGUCGCCACUAGAACAGAAGCUCUGUGGGAGCACGGACUGGGUUUCACUCAUCACUGUGUCCCCAGCACCUACCACAGUGCACAGAAGGUGCUGAAAACAUAAUCGUGAAAUGGAUGAAGUGCAAGGUGCGGCUCAAGUGUGUGUUUCGUUUUAUUGGGUUGUAGAAGGAAAUAACCGUGUUUUUAAUGUUCCUGUACAACAAACAUGUAUCUUUUGUUUGUUAUAUUUUUAUCUUAACCCUACUGAAAACAGUCUUAUAUGUAAUAAACACUGAAGCCAAACAGUCCUUGUACUUGAGCUUAAU